CUGUUUUUCGGUUUUUCAGUUUUUCUUUGCAGUUGGUGAAUAUACUGUAGAUAUUUUGCGACAUCUUGUUUCAGUUUAUCUUUUGCAUUCUGCUAGCGAGAUAUCUGUGAUUUGUCGAGAUGCUGUACUUGAUCGGACUGGGUCUGGGCGAUGUGGAGGACAUUGGAGUGCGGGGACUGCGUAUCGCGCGACAGGCUGUGCGCGUGUAUUUCGAAAUGUACACGGCGAUUCUCGACGGUCCCGACAACGGGAUCCCCGCACUGGAGAAACUCCUGGAACGCAGCGUGAUACCCGCGGAUCGCGAAACGCUGGAGGAAAAGGCAGAUGACAUCCUGGAUGGAGCGGAUAAGGACGACGUGGUUGUUCUGGUUGUCGGAGAUCCUAUGGCUGCCACGACGCAUUCCGACCUGAUACUGCGUGCGAAAACCAAGAAUAUUCCGGUGAAAAUCAUCCAUAAUUCGUCCAUUAUCAGCGCAGUCGGCGCGACGGGUCUGCAGGUGUAUCGUUUCGGUAUCGUGGUGUCGAUUGUCUUCUGGACGGAGACAUGGAAACCGCGCAGUUUUGCCCAGCAUAUUUCCCAGAAUCUUCAACGCGGACUGCAUACGCUCUGCCUGCUGGACAUUCGCGUCAAAGAACCCGACAUGCAAGCGUUAAUAAGAGGCCGGCGCGUCUACGAAGCCCCGCGUUUCAUGACAGUGGCCCAAGCGGCCAGCCAACUCCUGGAGAUUGUCCGCCAUCCGGACCCGUCCACUGACACGGAGCCCCCGGUGGCCUUCACCGCGGACACGCCCUGUGUGGGAAUUGCCCGGCUGGGCCUUCAAACGGAGCGGAUGGUGGCCGGCCGCCUGCGGGAUCUGGCCGAGGUGGAUCUCGGCGGGCCGCUGCAUUCCCUCAUCGUCUGUGGUCAGCUGCAUCCACUGGAGGUGGAGUUUCUGCGGACGUUUGCCUUGAAUGAUUUCUUGGAUAGUGUGCCGACGGGAUAAUCGGUGAUGAGGAAAUAUUGAUUGCUGUUUUUAUUUGUUGGUAUUUUUUACUUGUGGAUAGUCCGGUUGGCUAAUUUUGUCGUGCAAAAAAAUUCCAGAUAAAAAAUAAAAU